AUGCCUCACAAACACAAGAGAAAGAGAGGCGAGGACGACGACUUCGACCUGCCGCCAUCACAGAAGGCUCUGCCACUCCCAGUUUCGACGAGUAGACAAAAUGGCAAACGAAUGGGGGACCAAGCGAAGCAAAAACCACGCCGGAAAGAUCGCAAAAGUGACGAUGGCCCUCGAGCGUUCAAGCGUAUAAUGGCAUUUGCUCAGGGUAAAAAAUCAAAACCUGGACUCUACAAUGGAGAAUCUUCCAGGAGCAGGCCCCAAAAUCCAGGAAACCCGGCCCAAAUUCCGCGCAUUAAACCUGGGGAAGAUAUGAGAUCAUUCUCUGCCCGAGUAGAUGCCGCAUUGCCAGUAGCUGGCCUAACGAAAAAGACAAAGACUAAGGACGGCAAGGAUCUGCUUGGCAUCAACGUCAAACGCACACGCAAGGAGCGGAAGAUGCAUAAACUCUACGAUCAGUGGCGAGCCGAAGAGAGCAAAAUACAACAACAGAAAGAAGAGGAGCUCGAGUUGGCAGCAAGUAGAGAAUUAGAAAAUGACUACGACGACUUAUUCACUGACAGCAAGUGGGCCGACACCAGCGAGCUGAGGGCCAGCAAGAAGUCUCGCAAAAGGAAGGGCAAGGAACCAGAGGAAGACCCUUGGCUGGAAUUGGCUCGCAAGAGAGGGGAGGCCAGAAUUGGCCUCAACGAUGUCGCUCAAGGACCUCCAGAGCUCUUCAACGGAAAGUUGAGAAAAAAAGUCGAAUUAGGGAGCGCGACUGUUGAUGUGGACAGUAUCCCCAAGAUUGCAGGAAGCCUGCGAAGAAGAGAGGAACUUCAAACAGCUAGAAAUGAUGUGAUAGAGGCGUACAGAAAGAUAAGGGAACAUGAACAGGCCAAACUUGAGGCACAACGUGGGAAAUCUAGGAGGUAG